AUGUCCAACACCGUAGCAGACGCCAUGAACGAGCUCCUCGACAUGCUCAUCGACUACAAGCCGCAAGUGCACGGUAGCAUGGGCUACGUGCAGACAUACCAGCAGCUGGAGGCCGUUCUCGUCGCCGCCAUCAACAACACCGCUGGCUCGCUCCUGCCAGACAUCUUGAGCGAGAUUCACUUGCACGUCGACGACAACAACGACAACGGCGAGCUGAGAUGGUUGUUGGCGCGGCAUGUGAACGAGGCACCGCGCCUCACUACGGCGCAGCAAGUGAGGCUGCGAGAGAUCUUGGCGGGCAUGAUUGGGCCUGCGAUUGAGGCGGAUGAGGAUGACGACGAGAGCGACGAGGAGGACGACUAG